AAACUAACAGCACUUGCUCACAGAUUCGUUCUCCAAUCUUCUGAAGCCUCACAAGCUGAGAAUUGCUCUGUUUCAUUUCAGAGUUCGGGUUUUGGAGAAGAUAAUAUCAGAAUCUGGUUUCUUCAUCUUUACUUGUAGUCAUGGAGGGUGAGAUUAUGAAUCUCAUGAAGGUGUGGUUCUCAGUUGUUGUCUCUUUAUGCUACUGUUAUUGGAUCCGAAAGCUUGUUCCUGCAGGAACAAUACGACUCUUCCUUUUUCUUCCGAUCGUCUUUUUUUUCAUUGUGCUUCCUCUGAGUCUUUCUUCUGUGCACUUCUGUGGCACCACAGGGUUCUUCAUUGCCUGGCUAGGAAACUUCAAACUCUUGCUCUUAGCUUUCGACAAGGGACCUCUCUCCUCCGACGCAUUCAUCUCUCUUCCACGUUUUGUAGCAGUGGCAUGUCUCCCCAUCAAGAUCCAGAAAAACCCAGCACGUUCUACCUGCAUCCAAUGUUCUUCAGCUGAAAAUGGGAAAACCCCACAUCCAGAUUCGUCCAAAAGUUCCGAUUUUGACACCAACCCAUCUUCAAUAAAGCCAAACUCUGUUACCAAACAAAACUUGUCCGCGGUAUCAUCCAAAAAUGCCGGUGGUACCCCAUUUCUGGGGUAUGCCCUAAAGGGUAUUGCUGUGGGCAUUUUGGUGAAGAUCUAUGACUACAGUGAGAGUAUCAAUCCGAAUGUCCUUAUGUGCAUGUACUGUUUCCACAUUUACUUCAUGUUGGAAAUAAUCUUGGCGGUGGUCGCAGCAGCGGCGAAAACCUUGCUGGGGAUGGAGCUGGAGCCGCAGUUCAAAAAUCCACUCCUCUCGACCUCACUCCAAGACUUCUGGGGAAGGAGAUGGAAUCUCAUGGUCACCAGCAUCCUCCGACCAACGGUGUACGAACCGACCGUGAAAGCAGCAUUGAAGAUUGUUGGUCCCACGUGGGCCCCAUUACCGGCAGUGAUGAGCACCUUCGUGGUGUCGGGUUUGAUGCACGAGUUGAUACUGUUCUACCUGGGGAGGUCGGAGCCCACCUUCAGAAUGACGUGCUUCUUUCUCCUUCACGGGAUGAGUUUGAUGGUGGAGAUUGCGUUGAAGAGGGCCCUCACCGGCAGGUGGCGGUUGCCGAGGUUUCUGUCGGGGCCUUUGACCGUCGUAUUUUUCAUGGCCACCUGUUUUUCCCUGUUCCUGCCGGAGUUCAUCCGGUGUCGGAUUGACGUCAGGGCGUUUGAGGAAUACGCCGCCUUGGGCCACCUUCUUACACCUCUCAGUUCCUCAUUCUCAGCCAUCUUUCACAACAAAUCUUAGCAACUAGGAAUAAAUAAUUUUUAUGAGUAAUUUGUUUCUAUGCUAUUUAUUUUUUAUUUAAAUAACGCAUGUUUAUUUCUUAUUUGAUAGAGUUUAUUACUUUGUAAUUUUAUCUGAUGAUUAAAAUUCAAUUUUCC